AUGCUUGCCGCCACUUCGCUUGCUUCUCUGGCAGAGAAAAGUCUCGCCAAUUAUGUGCUCGGUGGUGGAUUGCUCCCGCUCAACAAUAACAUCGCCUUCAUACGUGAUUCUACUGCGGUUAUUGUUGCAAUCGUUGAUCAGAAGGAUCGCGCAGUAGCAUGUGGAGCAGUUUCGAUGUAUUCAGCGAAACAGGCUUAUUGCGUACUUGGCGAAGUUUCUGAUGAGUAUCGGAAUAAAACUGUAUGGAUGGAAGAAGUACCGAGCGAGAAGAAAGAAUCACGGACCUACCGAAUUACUCGCAGUGUCCCACGUAUUAUUGCUCACACUGCACCCACGAUGUUUGAAACAGUGUUUGCUGAUCACAGCGGCAGACCAACACUAUUACAUCUGGUUGAUGCACUCGUGGAUUGCAGUGUAGGGAAGAUCAAUUUGGACCUGAACAAGAAUCUCACUGUUGACCUACUAGAAGGAAACGAAAAAGAAUUGGUUGGUCAGUGGCGUGACUUGUCAGGUUUUGUUGUAUCGGACAAGUUCAGAUUUGAGGAAAUCCUUAUUGAGAGGUCGCGUUUGGCCAAUUUGAAGCCAUUUGAGAGCAGUAUUGUAAUCGAAAGGGCUGACAACGAAAACAUAUUACCGGUACUAGAUUAUGAUGGAGAAGUUUCAAUCUACGACCGUACCGAACAUGUGACUGCUCUUCUUCACACACCUGGUAUAAGCGGUAAUGUAGCAUUACGGGACGGACAGCCGUGCGGAUAUACGCUUGCCUGCAAGAACCGCAUUCUGCUUUGUUACGCGGAUAACGAGGAAGUGUUCAGGCAACUGAUUUCAUCGAUAGCUGAAAGUAUGAACCACCCGAAGUGUAAAAUGUUCGUCAGAAACGGUGCACAUGAUGUCAUACAACACAUCAUUGAGGCAUCGAUUGAACGCAAGACAGUCACUCGUCUUCACACCAGGACAAACGUUCACGGUAUUAAGUGGAACAUGAUUUACUGCGCCAAUGUUGGACUCCACAUAUUCUAG